GUCAACCCGACCCGGGAAUGUGAGUUUCUGAAUAAUUUGUCACUCUGGUCUUCUCUGAGUGAAGUAAAGCGAGUCACGAGACUGAUCUGAAUCAUCUAUCAACGAUGAAGAAGAACUCGAGCGUCGUCGUCGAUCUGUUGCUUCUUCUGCUAGCCAUCACCGUUCUCGCAACGCCCGCCUUCUCCGAUCUGGUUCUAUCCAAAGUCGAACGUCGUAUCGAUGUGACGUCACAGAUUGCUCGUGUUACUAAGACCCUUAAGGUUGUGAACUCUGGCUCUGAAUCAGUCUCCGAGUUUACUUUAACCUUCCCUAAGUUUCUCGGUAACAACUUGGCUUACCUAUCGGUUUCACACAGCGAGGGAAAAGGGAAAGCUAAACGCUCUCUAGCCAAUCUCUCUGUUAAAGAAGCUCACCCUAAAGGAAUGCCAGAUUCGAUCAGUUUCUACUCAGUUUCAUUACCUAAACCCCUCAGCAAGGGAGAUACUUUGACGUUGGAGGUUGUUGCCGCGUUCACCAAUGUGCUUCAGCCGUUUCCGGAGAAGAUAACUCAGAGAGAUAUCCAUCUCGUUAUGCUCCAAGAAAGCGCGCAGUAUCUCUCUCCUUAUGUUGUUGAGUCUCAGUCGUUGUCUAUUAAGCUGCCUAAUGCGAGGAUUGAAUCUUACUCCAAGCUGGAGAACACGAAGGUUCAGGGGUCGGAGAUUAAGUAUGGUCCGUAUAAGAAUCUUGCGCAGUAUUCGUAUGCUCCGAUUGUUGUUCACUUUGAAAGCAAGGCUGCGUUUGCUGUGGCUGAGAAGCUCGUGAGGGAAAUAGAAGUGUCUCAUUGGGGGAACGUGCAGGUCACGGAGCACUACAAUUUAGUUCACCGUGGGGCUCAACUCAAGGGAGAGUUUUCAAGGUUAGAAUAUCAAGACAGACCUAAUCCCCAAGGAGUAUCUGCCUUUAGGCAUUUACUUGCUAGAUUACCACCUAGAGCCCAUUCCAUAUAUUACAGAGAUGAUAUUGGCAAUAUCUCCACGUCUCAGAUGCAAAGUGAUUCGAAAAAGACAGAGUUACUUAUUGAGCCUCGGUUUCCAUUGUUCGGUGGGUGGAAAACCUUUUUCACGAUAGGUUAUGGUUUGCCACUUAGUGACUUUUUGUUUGCAUCGGAAGGGAAACGUUUCCUUGACAUCUCCUUUGGCUCCCCUAUGAUUGACCUUGUCACUGAAAAACUCAUCGUACAGGUGGUCUUACCUGAGGGUUCAAAAGAUAUAUCAGUUACCACUCCAUUCGCUGUCAAGCAGUCUCACGAGAUCAAAUAUUCACACUUAGAUAUAGCUGGUAGACCAGUUGUUGUGCUAGAAAAGAACAACGUUGUCCCAGAUCACAACCAGAAAAUCCAGGUCUACUAUAAGUUCAGCAACAUCAAUCUACUGAGUGAGCCAUUGAUGUUAAUCACUGGAUUUUUUGUUCUGUUCAUCACUUGCAUCAUAUACACGCGGGCUGACUUCUCCAUCUCCAAGUCCUCUGCUGCAUAUUUGGCUAAACUCCAAUGGGAUGAGGUCCUAGCAACACUACAGGAAGUUCAAAACAUCAUCCAAAAAUGCUUAGCUGCACAUGAUAAGCUUGAAGCAUCGCUGCGUGAUCUAUCAAGAACCGGUGACAUUCAAACCUGCAAAGCAGCUCGCAAAUCCACUGACAGUUUGUUGAAAGAUCUGUCGAAAGAACUGAGACCUCUUCUGGCUUCCUUACAAUCUUUCCCAUCAGCCUCACAAAUAUCUCCAAAGGUUGAAGAGCUAGUUGCGAAAGAGAGAGAACUUCAAGAGAAGUUGAUGGCCAAACACACCACUGUUGUUGAAGGGUACGAGAAGAAAUCCUCAGGGCGUGAUAUCGAAAACCGAAUCGCUUCUCAGCAACAAAAGAUCAUAGCCUUGAGGCAAGAAGUAGAUGAUCUUCUAGAGUUCAUUGAUGAGAUCUAGAAAACUUAAAAUGUAGCAGAUCCCUUUUAAGUUUAAAACCAGACUUACUUUCAAAAACAUGGAACUUUCAAUCUCAAUCAAUUUCUCUUACAAAAAAAUCAUUUACAAGGAUAUACAUAUAAGACUCACUUAUUAGCCAAUGUUGGUGCAAAUAUACCAGAGAAGUUUGGGAUCUUAUCGAUGUGUCUCAACGCGUUCUCAGCGACCUGUUUCGUUUUAAAAUCAGCGUUUUGAAAUGCAUCAACAAGUGCUGCAGUAACGUUCUGUUCUUCUCCAAGCUCUCUAGCUAUAUCUUCAAUACGUAAGAUCCUCUCAACCAUCCACACAGCUCGAAUCCUCAAAUUCUCUGUCCUGUUCUCCAACAAAACGUUCAAUAUAGGCGUCAACCCGUCUGCUUCAACGAUCAACUUCACCGCGUUUUCUACUUCCAAACCGUCUUCUAGCAACGUCGAGAGAGCUGCAAGUGCUGGCCCAACCACCUUGUCGUUCUCAUGGUCCAAAAGAUCAACCAGUUUAUCCACCGCUUGUCCUUCAACAAGACAAAAGCUGUCUCUCAGCGAACAUAUCCCUUGAUGGAUCUUACACAUCCCUAGAACAACAGGCGGUUUGCUCAGACAUGAAAAGAUGGAGACACAGUAGCUUGGAGGAGGCAGUUCCGGUAACACUAUCAGAUUCUUGGUUUCAAGUGAAAGAUUCUCCAAAGCUAUCGCAGAAGCCAUCUGGAUGUUAUCUUGACUGUAUGACUGGAGGAGAUCGAGGAACAGAGAAGCGAGAUUGUUUUCACGGCAGAACGAAACGGCCUGUGUCUCCUUGGUGAGUGCAAAGGUGAUCCGAGCAAGUAUUUUAACAAGUCCUUCGAGAAAAGUUCUCUCAAACCGCUUCCCUCUGAUCUCACCUUGGCGAAUAAGAACAAUCUUGGAGAUGAUUUUCUCGAAAGCACCGUCUCCUAGCAAUCUCUGCGUCAGACCCCAAUCUCUCUCAGGAAGCUCAGCUAAGAGCGCAGCAGCAACAGCUUGGUCCUCAGUGAUUGUUGUUGUGCUUUCGGAUAUGAUCCCAACAAGGUUCCCAAGCUGUCCAACAGUGCCUCGCAACACACUGGCUAGCUCUUCGCUCAUGUGCGGUGAAAUGUUAUGAAGCAGCUUGAUAGCAGCCAAACGCAAAUCAUCAUUAUCAUGAACCUCAACGAACUGAACCAAGCUAAUGAUGGCACCUGAGUUUCUGAUGGCGGAGACAACGUUUAUAACCGAGUUAGGGCAGCUAGUUAGUCCAACAAGAACCUCCAAGAGCUUCCCCUGGAUCUCCGGACCAGUGUUGCUAAUUAACAAGAGUAGGUUCUCAACUACGUCCUCCGAAACAAGAGUUUGGUGAUGAGCUCC